CUCACAGAAGAGGCAGUGGAAAUUGGUUUUCAGCCGGCGCUCCAGGAUUGCUCGUUCGCUCCGCUAAGGAUUUAACAGUAGCAAGAGUCCGGCAGUGGUGAGUGGAUCCCGUGGAGCAUAUGAUCAUGUUCAGGACCGAUCCGACCAAGGACGCGAAGAAACUCUCACUGACAUGGCGGUGGCAACGGGAUGAUUCAAGGGAGCAUCGACGAAAGAGAAAGUUGCUACAAGAGAAGCUGAACUUCAGGUGAUAACUUGCGUGUCUAAAUUGUAGGGCAAGGAUGGAGGAGCGCAGGGUACUCCCACUUCGUCGGCGUGGGCCGGUUCCUCCCCGAGAAGACCCAGUUCCAGGUUGGCCUGAUGUUCUACCGCGCUCGCCACCCCAAAAGCUCCAUCUACACGACCUACAUGGAGUUCUUCUAUCCAAGUGGUCCUCGACAUCGUCCGCCGCCUCUUCUUACCCUCGCCUAGACGAGUUGUGCCCAGCCGAGGAUCUGCAGCUCGAAACCUGGCAAGAUUUUGGGCAGCUCUUUGACAGGUGGUUAUCGCUUCACUGGGAUGAUUCUCUGCCUGCCCCUGGAAAGAGGGCGGCAGCCGAUCCGCCGAUUGCAGGGAAUCCACAUUGGGAACUGGCAUUGGCCAUGAAACCCUUCCUUUGCGACGAGCUCCCGCGUGGUCCGCGUGGGCCGACGAUCGGCAGGGCCGAAAUGUGCACUAUCAGCGAAAGGCGCGAGAUGAUGUUUCUGGGAGUCAUCACAUUGGAUGGGAUUGAGUCUUCUAGUAGCAAGCUUGUGUAUGCAAGGCUCUGGGUGUACAUGGUACUAAACCAGGUCUCCAUCGGAAUGGUGGCCUUUGCGGAGCAUUUAGCGUUUUGUUUUCGGAUAGAUGACGGGUUGAAAGUUCACGUUGCUUCCAAGGAUGAUCCCACAUCACUGUUAGCUCUGGGCUACGCCAUGCACCUAGGCAGGCUUUCGCCAUCGCCAUCUUCUGGCGUCUCGCCCACAAGGACGUUCUCGUUCGAUGGCACUCGCUUGCUCAAUCACAGGUUUAUGGCAGCGUGCAAGGAGAUGGGACUCGGCAGGCUUGACAAGGUUGAAUCCAUGCUACGUGGCAUCGACGAGCGCGAGCUAGUGGAAGUAACCAGGCUUGUGUCACAGAGCGCGAGUGUGGUCCGGGCAAAGUACCGGGCCAAAACCGUGGCUUUGAAGAUCAUGGAUCUAACCUGCUGGCGAAGUGAUUUCGAAACAUACCUCAAGAGCACGCUCACAGAGAUUAAAGUCUACCAGAGACUGCACAAGUACCAGGGACGCUGCAUACCACACCUCUACUCGUAUGGUUUCUUUGGCGGGGGGAUGUUUCUCUACACGAUGAUGUCGGAUUUUAGGACGGGGGACUUGGACAUACCUUUGACGAGCGAGCAAUAUCAAGCUCUUGUUUCUGGCGCAAGAGAGGCACUGCAAGCGAUGCAUGAUCGGGGUAUCCUUCAUGGAGGGAUUGACAACAAGAGCAUUGUUGUCUCGAGUUUGGAGAGAUCGGGGGCCUAUGCAGGAUAUCUUCUUGGGUUUGGACACGCAGAGUUUGUGCCGCAGUCGGGUAACUAUAAGAGACAGAUGGCCGAGGAAUGGCUGAGGCUGGAGGACUCCCUUGCUGUUUAUGCUCCGCGUUGAUCUUUCAAAUUAUGCUUUAAUUUAUGUUAUUUUUCAUCACUGAAUUAAAACGCUAUGCCUCAGCAAAUUUCUCCAUGAAACAUUAAGAUUUUUUUCUACCCUCACUAGUGACAACAGACGUAAAUUAAAAUUGUUUUCCUUGCACGUAGAGAAAUUUUCUAGGGUUCUUCGCUAGUUUCUUCGCUAGUUCCUAGUUCCU